CGGUACAACCCACAAAGCUGCGCCUUUCUCCUUCUCUUUCACUCCCGUCUCCGUCUUCUUCUUCUUCUCCAACACCUCUAUGGCCAUGCUCGGAAAAGCUCUAUCCGCGGCCAUGAAUGCCAGAACCGUCGGAUCUGGCGCUGGCGAAACUAUAGUUCUGGUUCAUGGGUUCGGAGCAGACCAGUCGGUGUGGGACAAGAUCCUCCCGGACCUGGCUCAGAGGCACCGGGUUGUCCUCUUCGACUGGAGCUUCUCCGGCGCCGUGAAAGACCCAAGCCUGUUUGAUCCGGCGAAGUACUCCAGUUAUGAUGCUUUUGCUGAUGACUUGAUCUCUCUCAUGGAGGAGAUGAACUUGCACAGAUCUUCGUCGGUUUUUGUUGGUCAUUCCAUGUCUGCCAUGAUCGGAUGUAUUGCUUCCAUCAAGAGGCCCGAACUCUUCAAGAGGCUCAUACUGAUCGGAGCUUCGCCCAGGUACAUAAACUCGGAAGACUACGAAGGGGGGUUCGACAGCACCGAAGUUGAUAAAUUCCUAUCCAGCAUAGAAACCAACUUCCUCGAGUGGGCUUCAGGCUUCGCUUCUCUCAUCGUCAACAGCCCCGACGACCCUCUCUCGGUGGCCAAAUACCGGGACUGCUUGCAGAGUAUGUCCCCGGAAGCGGCGCUCGCCGUGGCCGGAGUGGUUUUCCGGUGCGACCACAGAGACAUGCUGGAGAACGUCGUGGUCCCCUGCACCAUCAUCACGAUGCCCGACGACGCCGCCGUGCCGGACUCCGUCGCCGGCUACUUGCAGAACAAGAUCAAGGCCGAGUCGACGGUGGAGAUCAUAGAAACGCCCGGCCAUUUCCCGAUGUUGACUGCUCCUCUCCGGCUGCUGGAGGUGCUCGCCGGAGCCCUUGCCUCGGAUCUUUAAUCUCAAUAAAAAUAAAUAAAUAAAUUGUCCCAAUAAUUGCAUGGUAGUGUUUUUAAAAUUAGGAACCAUCGGAUUUAUAUUUCUUUCUUUCAGCAUAGACUCAUAAAAUUAUUCCGUUGUGUGUAUCAUUAGCUAUUAUGAAAGUGUUUUAAAUUUAUGAAUAAUUUUUAUAAAUUAAUUUAUGAAAGUGUUUGAUUUA